GCAAGUAGCUGGAAGAUGGCCGCACUCUUUCUGAUUACAACAUCCAGAAGGAGUCGACCCUGCAUCUGGUCCUGCAUCUGAGGGGUGGUAUGCAGAUCUUCGUGAAGACCUUGACCGGCAAGACCAUCACCCUGGAGGUGGAGCCCAGUGACACCGUUGAGAACGUGAAGGCCAAGAUCCAGGAUAAGGAAGGCAUCCACCCUAACCAGCAGAGGCUCAUCUUUGCAGGCAAGCAGCUGGAAGAUGGUCGCACUCUUUCUGAUUACAACAUCCAGAAGGAGUCGACCCUGCAUCUGGUCCUCCGUCUGAGGGGUGGCUGUUAAUUCUUCAGUCUUGCACUCAUAAUGCCCAAUGAUGGCAUCACUCUGCACUCUAGCCAUGUGCCCCAAUUUAAGUUUAGAAAUUACCAGUUUCAGUAGUAGCUGAAUCUGUUCAAAAUGUUAAUAAAGUUUUUG